AUCUAAAGAAGCAGACAGCCGUGCCGCCCGUAUCCCUGCCUCCGGCUCACACUGCUAGGCAUAAAUUGUCUAGUAUCACUGCCCACACCCUUCAGUGCUCUGCGCUCAAAACCACCGCCCAAGUGUGACAACACCGGACCUCCACUUUUUAACAGUAAAAAGGCUACUUUUAUGGUGCAGCGGAUAAAGACUGAUGAACUAAUCGAACGUUAGUGCUACUAUGAAGGCUGUUAUAUCUGGAUUUCCCACAAGUUUUUCAGGUUUGGUUACAUGUCACCCUAAACAUCUUUUUGGGAUUCAGAGAUGUAAUGGAAUCAGAUUUAAAAUUACCAAUACAAUUCGCCCAUCUCAAAAGAAUACUGGAGGGGGUAUUCAGUAUUUUACUGCAAAACCUUCUAGCAACAAGAAGGUUUUGUCUGUAGGAAGGGAUUAUUAUCAGCUGAGCUACAAAGAUGACUCGCCUCAGGAACCUUUUUUGCUGAGCUUUAUUAAGGAAGCCAUCUGGGCUAUGAAGUCUCUAUUCAUAUUUCUUGUUGAGCAGCCUAGUCAGCUAAAGUACAUAGAAUGGCCAAGUUUCCAUAGCACGCUGAAGACUGCAAUCCUCACUCUUGUUAUUGUGGCACUGCUCAUUGUUGCCCUAUCAUCAGUCGACUCUAUCCUAUGCUAUCUCUUGGCUUGGCUUUUAAGAAGGCCUGCUUGAUAGAAGACUAAAAACUUAUUACUAUGCUUCAUUUCGCAGGCUUAUAAAGUCUAUUUUCCUGUAAACAUGCUAGAGAACAAGGAAACCCUGCAUUUGUGCAGAUGAGGGUUUAGUAGUAGGUCUAAUUUUUAAAGAUCGAUUAUGUUGCCGCUUCGAAUCUCGAAUGAGCAAAGAACUGUCUAUUUAUAUCUA